AUGUGCAUGUUUUGUGGUGACAUCACUGAAAGUGCUCUGCAUGUUCUUGCUAUGUGUCCUUUUGCAGUGGCUACUUGGAAUAUUUCUUUGUUGACAAGGCAUGCUCAUCAGGUACAUUGUCAUACAAUGAAGGACUGGCUGAGAGAAAUGCUGGAGGGUACAAGUAAAGCGCAACGGGAUCAUAUUAUCACUUUGUUAUGGGCUAUAUGGGGAAAUCGAAAUGCACUGUUGUGGCAGGGAGUCCAGCGAUCUCCACAUGAGGUCGUGGGUUUUGCUCAACAGUAUGUGCAUGAAUUUAUUACGGCAAAUGAUACUCCGUCCAAAGUAACUGAUCGGGUGCGGGAUCCAGUGCGUUGGGCAGCACCACCGUCAGGCCGCCUCAAAUUUAACUUUGAUGGAGCAUUUGAUCCUACUUCGGGUAGAGGGGCUGUUGGGGUUGUUGCCAGAGACGCGGAUGGAGGUUUUGUGGCGGCAGUGGCAAAAUCAGUUGGGGAAGUGCUGUCGGCUGAACAUGCAGAAAUUCUUGCAGCUCGUGAAGGGGUGGCUCUUGCUCUCUCACUUGGGACUGCAUCUCCCAUCUUCGAAGGGGACUCUGCUGUGGUGGUUUCAGCAAUAAAGCGAGCAGGACAGGAUUAUUCAAACAUUGGUACCAUUGUUGAAGAUGUAAAGCAUCUUCAGCAACAGUUUCCUAGCUCUCUUUUUCAAUUUACUCCUAGGGAAGCAAAUGGUGUUGCACACCGACUUGCUCGUUUUGGUUUGCAUAAUGUGGACAACUUUAUUUGGUUUGAGGUGCCCCCUGAUCUUAUUCAGGACGCCCUAUUGUGUGAUGUGUUAAGUCGGGGUCAGGCACAUUGUCCCCCCCGUUGUCAUUCUUCGCUUUAUCAAUAA